CAACCACCCGCCAAUCCUUUCAUCCAACAAGUUGAAUGCGCGCUACGUGCAUUUCCAUCACUAGAGCCAACUCGCAUAAUAAGCUAUCCGUCAACGCAUUUGCUGCUUCCUCUUCGCAAGGACAUUCUCCACCGCGCCGUCAUAUUUGAGGGCGACAGCAAAAGAUAUGGAAUAGCCAACACAAAAUGGCGUAGUGAAGUUGCCGGAUCUGGAAGAAAAGUCAGGCCACAGAAAGGAACAGGUCGUGCUCGACUGGGUGACAGGAAGAGUCCAUCGCUCAACGGUGGCGGUGUGGCAUUUGGGCCCAAACCUCGUGAUUUCAGCACUGAGCUUCCCCAGAAAGUUUACGAUCUGGCGUUUCGCACGGCGCUGAGCCAUCGAUACAGACAAGGCGAAUUAAUCGUCACAGAUGGAAAUAUCGACCUCAUCUUGGAUGGCUCCGAAGCACAACAAAAUAAGGAGCAUCUCGCAGAUCUUCUAAGAAAGCUUUUGGAUUGGAACGACUUGCGAGGGACAACGUUCGUGACGAGCGGUCCACGAACUGGUCUGAUUGCAGCUUUAUCUGCCACUGGCCCCAAUUAUCCAGUUCGAUUCCUUCAGUCUAAAGAUGUCGAAGUCAAAUCUUUGCUUGAAGGUCGCCGGCUGAUUAUCGAGCGAAAUGCCCUCACUGGAAUCUUCAAACGUCACGAAGAUGAUGUG